ACAAAGACCCAACGUGGCCAAAAAUAAAUUAAAAAAAAAAAAAAAAAGAAUCAAUAGGCAGGCAUGCGCAGCCCCACGAGUACGCGCCUCAGGAUAGCCCACACUAUGGAUCCACUGGCAAAGCAGAUCUUUAAAGGAGUUUUAGUAGCUGAACUUGUGGGCAUUUUUGGAGCAUAUUUUUUGUUCAGAAAGAUGAAUACAAGCCAAGAGUUCAGGCAAACAAUGAGCAAGAAAUUCCCCUUCAUCUUGGAAGUUUAUUGCAAGUCCACUGAACACUAUGGAAUGUACGGAAUCAGAGAGAAAGAUCAAGAAAAGUGGCUGAACAGCAAAAAUUAGGAAUUUGACCAUCAAUCAAGGUUUGCCCUAUUUUAUAGUAUCAGGCAAGAUUAAAACUCCAAAGCUGACAUGGAUGGAUUUUAGAAUAUUUAAGGUGAAAUGUAGAUUCUAAUUAAAGCAGUUGUUCUUUGGACUAACCGUGAAGAAAUUGAUGGAACGAUUGUUUAUUAUGUUAUAAAUGGAGUUUCAUUUACUACUCAUAAUAAAGUGGUUCUCCUUUAAAAACAAAAACAAAAAAAACAACUCCCCUAUAAUUCUGUAUAAACCUUUCAAAAUAGAUAAAAUACUAAAACAUCUAUUUUUAAUAUUUAUUACAUUUUUUC